AUGGCAUCUGAAACCGUGGACGUUGUCAUUUGUGGCAGCGGUUCAGCCGGUCUUACGACUGCAAUCUGGCUGGCGCGGUUUAACAUCAACUUCAAAGUUCUGGAGCGACGUUCCGGGCCCUUGGAGAUCGGUCAAGCAGAUGGGGUCCAAUGCCGCACAGUCGAGAUUUUCGAGAACCUAGGCAUUGCCGAAGACCUUCUCAAGGAAUCAUAUCACGUCAUGGAAGUCGCUUUCUGGUCCUUGGACAAUGCUGGAGAGCUGCAGAGAACGCACAUCGCUCCUGAUGUUGAGGUGGGUUUGAGCCACCAGCCUCAUGUUAUUCUCAACCAAGCUAGAAUCAACGAGUUGAUGAUGGAUGAAAUGACUCGACUGAGGGGCGAUGCAAGCAGUGAAGUUGUGUAUGGCUGUCCAGUUACCAGUGUACGCAUCGUGGACGCGACUUCGGGUGAUGCGCUGUAUAAAGAAUAUCCUGUUGAAGUGGUCGCCUUACGCGACGGCAAGCCUUACACAUACAGAGCUAAGUACGCUAUUGGUUGCGACGGUGCCCACAGCACUGUGCGCAAAUCGCUGGGGUUUGCCAUGGUUGGCGACACGAGCGACUCUGUUUGGGGCGUCAUGGAUGCCUUCCCCAUCACGAACUUUCCUGAUAUCCGCAAGAAGGUUCUGGUCAACGCUAAGGCUGGCAAUCUCAUGAUUAUUCCUCGAGAAGGUGAUGAGCUUGUUCGUUUCUAUAUUGAGCUAUCAGGAAAAAGCGCCCGUGAUGUCACCAAGCAGGAUCUUCUUGACAAGAUCCAGCAUAUAUUCGAACCAUAUCAAAUGGACAUUGCCCAUACUGCAGAUCAACUCACUGAAGACAACCGUAUCUUCUUGACGGGUGACGCGUAUCAUACGCACUCGCCAAAAGCCGGACAGGGCAUGAACGUAAGUCUUCAAGAUGACUUUAAUAUCAGGUGGAAGAUGGCCCAUGUUCUAAUCGGUCGAGCUCCACCGGAAGUACUUGAAACAUACGUUCUGGAACGUCAACAAACCGCACAGCAGCUUAUCGAUUUCGAUUGUUCUUUUACAAGGCUUUUUUCCACAACCUGGCGAGAGCAGAAUGAUGUCACAGCUGAUAAGCUACAGGAUAAAUUCGUUCAGGCAGGACGAUACACCGCGGGAAUGGCUACGUUAUAUAGUCCAUCCAUCCUAACACGCCCCGCCAAUUCUGAUGCUGCCCUUGCUUCAGGCCUGACAGUCGGCAUGCGAUUUCCAAGCAAUUCUGUUGUACGGUUCUCUGAUGCACGCCCUAUGCAGCUGAAUCAAGCUCUCCCAGCUGACGGCCGAUGGCAUGUCCUGGUUUUCUGCAGUCACAGAAACUUGCUAAUCAUUCUUAUAAAUCAGGUUGCAUCAGCACUCGAAAAUGUUGCUCGCAUGGUCACACGGGAGGAAAUUGCGGCAGAUUCAGUUAUCAACCCUGCUCUAAUCAUACAAACCAAGCGAAGCAGCCUCAGUGAGGCUGAGAUUCCUAGAUACUUCCUCCCCACGUCUGGAAAGUACCGAAUGACGAGCCUCCACAGAGUUUUCAUUGAUGAGGAGAAUCCUUACAUGGCUGGGUGUGGACGUGCCUUAUCAAAGUACGGGAUUGAUGCAGCUCGUGGUGCAGUCGUUAUCGUGCGACCAGAUGUCUGUAAGUCUCCAGCUAUAUCGACAGAUACAAUUUACGUAGCCCAAAUCAGUGCUCUGGAGGAAACCGUUGAGGUGUCAAAGUUCUUCGAGCGCUGCCUACUCAAGUAUUAA